AUGACUUCAAGAUUAGAAUCAUACGGGGAACUUUUAAACCCUACUAUAGUGAAAGAAGCUAAGGUUUUGGGGAAGGGGGGAAUUACUCUGCCUGCAGGUUUUAGUACUGAUUCAAUUACGCUGCAACGUAAUAAACCAAAUGCUACAGUCCGCACAAACAAGAAACCAGACCUUGAACGAUUGGAAGAAUUGAAAGUAAAGAAGGCAUGGGAAAUAGCAUUGGGUCCUGCUAAGACUAUACCUAUGAAUUUGAUCAUGAGUUAUAUGACUGGUAACUCUUUACAGAUUAUUCCUAUUAUGAUGACAUUGAUGUUGUUCUGGAAUCCUUUGAAAGCUAUAUUUACUGAAACGAACGCAAAUUUCAAGAACUUGGAAACAAAGAAGAAUUCUAGUGAUAUAUUCUUGACAAGGGCAGUUUUUGUGAUAUGUCAAAUGGCAUGUAUGGCAGUUGGUAUAUGGAAAUUGUACAAUAUGGGUUUAAUCCCUAAUAGUGAGGGCGAUUGGUUGGCCUGGAAAGAGGCAAUCCAAUACAAGGAAAGAGUUUACCUUAUUUAA